UGGAGAAAAUAAAGAAUGCCAUUAUAUUUAGAAAAGACGAGUAUGAUAAACUUGUGUGAUUUUCAAAAAUUCUGGAGCAGCAGUGAAUAUAUUUGUACAUUGUUGCGCAUCAAGUUUGACUAAAAUCCACCAAAAUCACUCUGAUGGCUGAUGUAAUAGCAAUAAUGUACAGAUCGAAAGUCAAAGUGGACCAAAUAUGUUGGGAAAAUGCUAAAAAAAAGAAUUCAUAACUGCCGUGCAAUUAGUAUUCUGAGAGGUUCACCUAAUCAUACAGCGUUACAAUAUCUUGUUCUAAAAAGUCACCUUAAUGAUAUCUGGUUGAUUUAUUGAUAUUGUUACUACAUGUAUGUAGAAACCUUUAGAACGAUUGAUGUAUUUCGACAUGUCUGGACUAAACAUGUUCUAGAUAGGGAUUUCAGUAAUGAGGAAGUAUAGAUAAGAAGCGACAAGGUUAUCUACAUUAAAGUAAAUAAACGUUUAUUACAAUACGGACUUACAAAUAAGAUUAACCUGACGUAAGUUAUCGUUUCACUGAUCUUAAGACGAAUUAUUUUGGGGACGAGACAUUCGUUACACACUCGUCAUGGCGGAUCAUACUUAUAGAAGUAGAAGACGUAUCAUGGUCCGUAUUUUCUCGAACCAAGAGCAGAUGUCACCAAACUUCAGGGACCCGAAUGGUAAGCCAUUGUUUAAGAAGUUGACCAGUCCGCCGGAUGACAACGACAUCGACGUUGAGAAAAUAAAAUGGACGUUUAAAUUUCUCGGACUUGACGAGAGGGACAUUGUUCUAUCCAAACGUCGAAAAAAGGAGGAAGUGAUAAAGAUGUUCAACCGCUGGGGUGGAAAUUGUAAUGAAGAACAUGAAGAGAAGAAUUUGGCUCAGUGGUACGAUUAUUUUUUCUUUGUUUUUCUGGGAUACUGCAAUGACAUCGAAAAGACACACUUUCAGUUUGAUGAUGGACGUAUGCCAAUAUCUGAUAUAUAUGACCAAAUUAAAACCAUGAAGCCGUAUGUCGGAAAGCCGAAAGUGUUUCUUAUUCAGGCGGAUGAUAUUUCCCUCCUACCGUCUAAAUUCAUUACCAAAGGAGGGAGCGACAGGGAAAUCAAGACGCGUACAUUACCACAAGAUGCCGACAGGCUUAUCAUUUCGUCCGACAUUCCACAGCUCUUUGCAAAUCGAAACCACCCGGAAUAUACAAAGCUCACAGAUUCCACAGGUUCCCCGGGUCAAGCUCAACCUCCACGGCCGCGUUGGUCCUUUCUGGUUGAAGCAUUCUCUGACGUCAUGACCGAUCGGCAGUAUACAACACCUGGUAACGGCGACUUGCUAACACGCACCUGCUUCAUCAACGCAAAGGUUAGCGCUUUGGUAGAUGAAUUACAUCAAGAUUUAAGAGCUGAAAGAACAAGGGAAGAGGAAACUAGAGAAAAUCCACACGUUCCCAUGACGGUGUCAACACUUAGAAAGUUGAUAUUUUUGUAACAUUGUCUGCAGUAACUAUUGACGGUCUCCAUCUUCACAAAUGCACGUGCCAUAAUACAAUAACGUGUACUUUAUUGUUUACACAUGCUCACUAUCAGCUACCGUUUAUAAUAAAUCAAGUUAACAAGAACUAGUAUCAAUACAGUUAUUUUUGUAUUGGCCUGAAGGAUCGUUAGUAAUCUUUUUAGUAAUAUGUAUUAUAUUUCGAGUCUUAAACACUUCAGUUAAAUAAAAAGACAGUAUACUACG